GCAGAGGCAAACACAGGCUAAUAUAAAAAGACAAAAGGGUGGAAAAGAAAUAUUUGAACUAUAUACAUGUAGUAACUAUAGACUUUGGAAAGAAUGCGCAUGGUUAGUUCUAAGGCUGUUAGCUCAGUCCAUCUAGCACAGAUCUUUUCUGGAUGUCUGGGAGACCGCAGCGUCCUCUGUGCUCUGAUAUUUCACCAAACCCUGUGAAUUCUGCUGGGCUAAAUAAACAUUACAGUGCUGCUGAUCACAUCCACUGAAGGAAAACAGCACUUCAGUACAGAAUCUGGGGAAGAUCACAGCCCUUUCUCUGGUAAUCCCAGCUGCAGCUCAGUGGAACCCUCACCAUUUCAGCUUUAUAUUCCUGCAAUGGGACUGUUUCUGCAACCUUUGUUCCUACACUAUGUUGCUGUGACUUGUUCUCUAGUGGUUUAUGGAUAUAUGGAUGAAACUAUAGAGAAAGCAGUGAAAUCUGAAGGAUAUUGUAGCAGAAUUCUAAGAGCACAAGCCGGCACAAGAAAAGAAGGGUAUAAUGAAUUUUCCUUAAGAGUAGAAGGAGACCCGGAAUACUACAAGCCGGGAAAUACUUACAGGGUAACACUCUCUGCUGCUAGUCCUGCAUAUUUCCGAGGAUUCACACUCAUUGCGCUGAAAGAGGGAAAAGAAGGAGAAAAAGAAGAAGAUCAUGCCGGGUUUUUUCAGAUAAUAGACGAUGAAGACACCCAGUUUUUGAGCAACUGCCCCGUAGCUGUCACAGAAAGUACCCCACGGCGAAGGACGCGGAUACAAGUUUUCUGGACAGCGCCUUCCAUUGGGACAGGCUGUGUAAUACUCAAGGCAAGUAUUGUGCAGAAGAAAAUAAUUUACUUUCAGGAUGAAGGAUCACUCACAAAGAGAAUGUGUGAGCCAGAUGCUACAUUUGAAAGCGGAAAUGAGAAGGCAAUACCGGAAUGUUGUGCCUGCGGAACAGCUAAAUACAGACUGACCUUCUUUGGCAAUUGGUCUGAGAAAUCACAUGCAAAAGAUUAUCCAAGGAGAGCCAAUCACUGGUCUGCAAUCAUUGGCGGGUCGCACUCUAAGGAAUAUGUUCUGUGGGAAUAUGGAGGAUAUGCUAGCGAUGGGGUGAAGCAAGUAGCAGAGUUGGGUUCUCCAGUCAAAAUGGAAGAAGAGAUACGACAAAAGGGCGAUGAAGUGUUAACAGUCAUCAAAGCGAAAGCCCAGUGGCCGGCCUGGCAGCCCCUGAAUGUGAGGGCUGCACCAUCUGCAGAGUUCUCUGUGGACAGGACUCGGCACCUGAUGUCUUUCCUGACCAUGUUGGGUCCGAGCCCAGAUUGGAAUGUUGGGCUCUCUGCCGAGGAUCUUUGUACCAAGGAAUGUGGAUGGGUCCAGAGAGUUAUCCAAGACCUAAUCCCAUGGGAUGCGGGCACGGACAGCGGGGUCACUUAUGAGGCACCCAACAAACCUACAAUACCACAAGAGAAAAUCAGACCACUGACCAGUCUGGACCACCCACAGAGCCCAUUCUAUGAUCCAGAAGGAGGUCCCAUUAUUCCGGUUGCUAGAGUUAUUAUUGAGAGAAUUGCCCGAAAAGGAGAGCAAUGCAAUAUAGUGCCCGACAAUGUGGAUGACAUCGUGGCGGAUCUUGUCACAGAGGAGAAAGAAGAAGAUGACACCCCGGAAACAUGCAUCUAUUCCAACUGGUCUCCUUGGUCGGCUUGCAGCUCUGCCACCUGUGAUAAAGGCAAAAGGAUGAGGCAGCGCAUGCUGAAAGCACAGCUGGACCUCAGCGUUUCCUGUCCAGACACCCAGGACUUUGAACCUUGUAUGGGGCCAGGAUGCAGCGAUGAUGAAGCCUCAACGUGCAUGAUGUCCGAGUGGAUCAUGUGGUCUCCAUGUAGCGUCUCUUGCGGUAUGGGAAUGAGAUCCAGGGAGCGAUAUGUUAAGCAGUUCCCGGAGGAUGGAUCAAUGUGCAAGGUUCCAACAGAAGAGACAGAGAAGUGUAUCGUCAAUGAGGAGUGCGAGCCAAGUACUUGCAUUGUAACAGAAUGGGGUGAGUGGGAGGAAUGCAGCGCCACCUGUGGGAUGGGAAUGAAAAAGCGACACAGGAUGAUUAAGAUGACUCCAGCAGAUGGGUCCAUGUGCAAGGCCGAGACCACAGAAGUGGAGAAGUGCAUGAUGCCUGAGUGCCAUACUAUCCCAUGUAUGCUCUCACCCUGGUCUGAAUGGAGUGACUGCAGCGUAACAUGCGGAAAGGGGACCAGAACACGACAGAGAAUGUUGAAGUCACCAGCGGAACUUGGAGACUGUAAUGAGGAGCUGAAGCAAGUGGAGAAAUGCAUGCUGCCCGAGUGCCCUAUAAACUGUGAACUGACUGAGUGGUCUCACUGGUCGGAAUGUAACAAGUCAUGUGGAAAAGGACACAUGAUCCGGACACGGAUGAUCACCUCGGAGCCACAGUUUGGAGGCGGCCAGUGUCCAGAAACUGUGCAACGUAAGAAAUGCAAAGUGCGAAAAUGCCAAAAAAAUUCUGGUUCUGAAAAGAGACGCCUUAAGGAUGCCCGCGAGAAGAGGAGGAGUGAGCGGACAAAUGAGGAAGCAGAUGGAGAAUACCCAGUUUGCAAAAUGAAGCCAUGGACUGCAUGGACAGAGUGCAGCAAAUAUUGCGGUGGCGGCAUUCAGGAGCGGUUCAUGACAGUAAAGAAGAGGUUCAAGAGCUCUCAGUUCACAAGCUGCAAAGACAAGAAGGAGAUCCGAGCUUGCAAUGUCCAUCCAUGUUAGCAAACGCCUCACAUGGGAUGCCCUCCAAGUUACAUAGAAAGUCAAUCUUUAUUAGAUUUUUUUUAUCAUAGAAUAUAUACAGUGCUUUUCUUUUUGCAAUGUACUUUGCUUACUAUUCUUGCAGGUGCAAGAACUAUAUUUUCUAAACAUUCAGCUGUAAUAACUUAAUCAUCUGGUUAGUUCAAUAAACAUUACAUCUUACUGUACAUCUUGAUCUUUUAGCAAGAGAAUUUGACUCCGGACAAGCCAUUACUUUUUAGUCACGAACUUUAACCUUAAUAAACAAUAUGACAUGCAUGCAAGGGAAACCAUGACCAAACAAGACAGCCUGUGCUGUUUUCCAAAUGCACAUUGAUAGACCGAGCAGAAGGAUAACACACUCAAUCCUAAAUCCCCAUCUGUACAUCUGCUUUGUUUGAUCAGACUUGUCUGAAAGCUGUAUUACCUUGACUUACUCAAGAGUCAAAGCAUGUUUUCUUUAUAGUAAUUUUGUAUUAUAAAUGCCUUAGUGUAUAAUGUUAAAUCUACUGAUAAACUCACGUUUCUGUUCUGUAAUUUGUUUUGAGGAGCUGAGUACACAGAACUACAUCAGCUCCCCAAAACACGUGGUAAAAAAAUAUAUUGUGUUCUCUUCUUGAAAAUUUAAACACUAAUUCUGCAGUUGUUAUUUAAUUUAGUGUUGUAUUACUCUCAAGGUGCAAUUUUGGACAGGAUGCAAUGAUCUUAAUGUUGAGUGAGUGAGUGAGUGAGUGAGUGAGUGAGUGAGAGAACAAAAAUACAAGUCCAGUAGGUUCAACCAUUUCUAAUUCGUAGCUCUGUUAUAAAUAGGCAAAUCAAUACCCCAGUGAGGAAGUUGCCAAUUUAAAAGUAAAUGGGAAAAAAGAAACAUAGAAUGUAACAGCAGAUAAGAACCAUCCUACAGAACCAUACUCUGCUCUCUUUUUCCCACCCAGUCUGUUUGAAACAAACUGAGUGUAUGUCAGUACUCUCCUUCCUGAACUUCCCAUUCCUCAGGAUGGAAACUUCAUAGGAGAAAGGUUUUUUUACCUGUUUAUCUUAUUUUAAAUAACACAAUCAAGAUUAGGAAAGUAAAGUGUAGCAUGGAACCCUUAGCUGAGAACCAGAGUGGAAUUGGCAAAAAUAGCGUGAUAGAAAAAUUUAUUUUAUUUUACUGAACAGCACCUAAAGCUAUUUUUUAUUUUUAUUAUUUUGGUGGUGUUAUCCGUUAAAUUGACAGUCUUGUCAAUGUUUUCAAUCAUUCUUAUGUUGCUUACUCUUACUUGUCCUUAUCUUUUUCGUGAUACCUUGUCUAUUUCAGAGUCUCAAACUCUAAAGUGACCAAAAUUCUAAACUUACAAUUACAUUCUACUAGUACUAUUAGUCACAAUUGCCCAAGUCUAUUGGUAUUCUAAUAAAAAAAGGUAAACAAAUGCCUGAUUAGUAUGAAAAGCAUUUUUUAUGAGUUCAUCACAAUCUGUUUUUAAAAAUUCAGUGGCAGAAAACUUUUAGAAGUGGAGUAAAGUUUUGGUCUGUUAUUUUUAUUCUUUAGCUUAACAGCAAGCAUGGGUGGAAAAAAAAACAAUAAAAAUAACAAUUUAUACACAAAAGUGUAAAUUAAAAGUAAAAUCAAUGGUGUAAAAGCUAAAAUAACUUGAAACUUAUUUGUCUUGUAGUAUUGUAUUUCACUUACCAUAAAUAAAUUACACGUUUUUAUUUAAGUUGCUUUUAAUGUUUCAAUUGUGACAUCUGUUUAAAACCACAUUGAAACCCAUUUAACAGUAUUGUGUAAAAAGUAAUGAUAUAACAUCUGCAAUUAUUACUAUUUAGUAUAAUAAUUUAGCAAGACAAAUUAAAUCAAAUAUCUCACUGGUUUCUGUGGAUUACAGCAUAUAUAUUCCAGUUGCACUAUUUUAUUAAACAAGCCUCACUUAAAUGUUUUCACUUUACAUAAUUUGACAUCCCAGAUAUACUGUAUUCUACUAACAUAAAGUAACCCUGUAUCUGAGGUUUACAUUAUUAUUCUUUUAAUAAUGUGGGUAUGUUGUUUGGAAACUGUCACAUGAGAAGAAAUAUGAUUAGUUAUUUAUAUUUAAUUUAUAUAUUUAUGUUUUUGCCAACCACCUAGAAUGAAAAACAGUAGCUAGGACAAAACCAUGACUUCACUGGGGUAAAUUAUGAAAGUUACUAGAAUUAAAAAUAUAUUACAGAAACACUGCACAUACACAUAAAUAGAAAUUAUUUUCUAGUUUCAACAACGUUUGGGAAUUAAUUUUUGGUGACUUUAAAUUUGUGUCCAAUUUCCAUUUAAUAAAUAUGACAGUAUACUUUUAUAAUGUCAUUAAGAAAGUAAUAUCAAUAAAUCAUUUAUCAUUAUAGAUUAUCCCUGUUGUCAAAAUUAAGAUCCCUUCAAUUAAUGAAAAAUACUUUAUUAUAAAAAAAAAUUAUGCAGAAUUAUGCAGUAAGCUGUAUUUGUUGUUUACAAGCCAAUGGAUUUAACAGUUAGAAUUGCUAUCUUCGAAAGAAGUACUUGCAUAAAAAAGUAACAAUAAUAUUAUUGGCUGAACAUAAUUAGUUUGUAUUAUGUUUGUUGAUUUGCUGAAACAUGAUAUUUCUUAUCUUUAAUAUAGUGGUAUUUGUGUAAACCUUUUAUUGACAAAUAAAUAUCUUCAUGAGCAGCACUAUAACCAGUUAUAAGGAGUUAUAAAAAGCAACAAAGGCCAUAUUCUAUAAAAAAAAGAGCUUAAAAAUAACCAAGAUAUUUUAUUUUACAAAAAGUUCUAAAACCUUGUACCUUUAAUAUUUUUUUCUCAGUAAGUAACUAAUGGGGCACACACACGAUGCUAUUUGUGCUAGGUGAGAUUUGAGCCUAUACGAUCUGUGCUAUGCAAUUUGGACUAAGUGGGGUAUGCUAUUUGAACUACAUCCGAUUUUGAAUACACUACAACAGUGGUUUCCAAACAUUUUUGAAUCACGGCGCCCUAGAGUAUCAGAAUUUUUUUCACGGCACCCAUAGGCCAAAAUUUUCUUAUUGAGAAAUUUAGAGAGAAAUAUGAAAUUAAGUAGAUUGUGUUUAUAUGUCAUCCUUAGGCUCAAUUGUGUGGUGGGGAAACAAUUUGCUUCUGUUUGUCCCCAUAUUUUAUGACUGACAGCUACUAGCACUGGUUUUGCCUAUUAUAUUAACCAUAAAUAAUUUGAAUUGGUCCUGGACCACCAAUCCAAGGCACCCCUGCAAGUGUCCCGAGGCACCCCAGGGAGCCACGGCACACAGUUUGGGAACAACUGCACUACAAUGUACUAUGUGUGCUGUAGUACAAAGAUACCUGCCUGCACAUACUAUUUUGCCUUGAGAUGUGGACUAGACGGGAGCACGCAUUGUAUCGCAAGGGACAAUACACAAGGUGCUAUUUGAACUAAAAAGAUUAAAUAGCAUGCAAUAAUUGCACCGUGUGUGGGCACCUAAAGACUCAUCUUAAAUUAUCUUCAUUAGCAAUAGCGUCCCAUCUGAGUUAUAAAGAGGUACAAUAUAACCUAACAAGAUAACAGUGAAAUUAUUCCAUAAUAUUUUGAGGGUAUCACCUCUAAAAUGCGAAAAUACACAUUUUUAAUUUUCAUAUUCAAAACAGAUAGUUACAAAUAAAUAGAUAUAUAAUUUGGUUAUUUAAAAAUACCAAUAAUAGCAGUUACGCAAGUCACAUUAUCUAUAACACUGAGCAAAUUUGUUGUGCACCACACUUUCAUAAAACGUGAGAGUAUAUAGCUUUUUAUGUUCAGCAAUGGAAUAGAUUUGAAGGUACAGUAGGAUUUUAUUAAAUUGGAAAUAUUAUCAACCGAUUACAUUUUAACUUACAUACAUUUGUAAUGUGUUAUCUUAGGAAAAAUAUAAUGGAAAUUUGUUUUCAUUUCAUUUUGAUGUUCCUUAUUUACCGAAAGUUAGAUUACCUUAAUGUAAACAAGAGGUUAUACUGACAAUUGAGAUAGAGUAUUUAAUUAGCAGAUCUAAAUACUUUUCAGUAGCAGUAAAGUUUAGAAAAGUUAUAAUACUCCAUAAAUUACCAAUAAAGAUGAAUAAACUCAUUUAUUUUAAAAUCACACAUUUUAUAUAGUUUUUCAUUAUACAACUCUAGAAGAUCUUCAUAUAAAUACAUUAUAGAAGUAUAAUUGAAUAUAGAUUUUAUUUAUUAAAAUAAAUAAAAUGUAUACAAAUAAAACAAAUUCUUAUACAAUUGAUUAAAUUUUAAAAAAAUCUGUUUUUUUAUUUCAGACAUUUAAAUGCUUAUUGUAUUUAAUAAAAAUGAGACAUCCUCAUUAAAUAUUCAAUUAUUUGCUGUUAUUAAUUUGUAUAUUUAGAAAACAUCCCUACAGUUAUUCUAUAGUUUGUUGAUGUUUUCUAAAUAUUUUUUUAGUAAAUACUAGUAAAGAAAUGAAGUAUGGCAAGUUGGUUUCUUUAUCAAUCAAGGAACGCAAACAAAACUAAAAUAUUUUGCCUUCAUUAAAAAAAACCAUUGCAAACAUGUUUUGAGUUUUAAUUGUUAAAAAAAAAUCUUUAAUGGAAGCUUAAUUAUUUUAGGCUUAAAGAAAAGUGUAUGUUUUCACAUACUGUAUUACAAAAUGAAAAUCUUUAUUCUAUUCAAAGCACAGGGUUUUUUGUAUGUUUAAAUGUUCAACUUUUUGUUUUUAACAAUGCUGUUCCGUGAGUCGGUUUGCGUCUAACAUUUGGUCUUUAUAAGCCUCAUUAAUAACAAAAAUGAUGUAGGGCUUUAUAAAAUAAAACAUUUAUGUGCCUCAUAAGAA